CUCCUUAUUUUCGAUUGCACAUUUGCACUUGUGCCCUAGUGUCUGUAAUUCUGUUCAGAAAAAUCCAAAUCCAAUCGAUAUCGUGUAUCGGCGGAUAAUGACGACGAUCCGGCGGUUUUGCUGCAACGAUCUCCUCCGCUUCGCAUCGGUGAACCUCGACCAUCUCACUGAAACAUUCAACAUGUCGUUCUACAUGACCUACCUGGCGCGGUGGCCAGACUAUUUCCACGUUGCCGACGCUCCUGGAAACCGAGUUAUGGGCUACAUUAUGGGCAAGGUUGAGGGGCAAGGAGAGUCAUGGCAUGGUCAUGUCACUGCAGUAACUGUAGAUCCUGAAUACCGGAGGCAACAAUUGGCAAAGAAACUCAUGAACCUACUCGAGGACAUCAGCGACAAAAUUGACAAAGCUUAUUUUGUGGAUCUUUUUGUGAGAGCUUCAAAUACACCUGCCAUCAAGAUGUAUGAGAAGCUUGACUACGUUGUUUAUAGGCGUGUACUUCGGUAUUACUCUGGAGAGGAAGAUGGUUUAGAUAUGAGGAAGGCUUUAUCAAGAGACGUGGAGAAGAAGUCUAUCAUUCCGCUCAAACGCCCGAUCACUCCAGAUGAACUAGAAUAUGAUUAGCUGUGACUAAUUAUGUGGAACAUUCGUUGAUCAGCAUGCAUAAAGCACCAGCUAUUUGAAUGAUUUGGAUAAACCUAAACUUUUUAUUUUUAGAAACUUGACCUCUUUUAUCAAACCAUUGAUUUGAAAUUUUGAUGUUAGAGAAUGAGUUUUACAUCCAUAUACACAUCUCUUUUGUUUCA